AUGGGUCUAUAUGCGGUCCUAUUCGUCUCAUCAUUUUUGGUCAUCGGUGCCUACGGCAGCUGCUGCAAGAAUCUCAUCCCGGAUCUCAGCUUCAAGUUGACUGGUACCGAGUUGGCAUUCCCAUGUGAAAGUACCAAAAACAUCUACAAGACCACAGGACGUUAUGUUGCCAAGAACAUAAUUGCCACUAGGAUGCAAAUCUACAAAGACGAUGCUUUCGUCGCCCUUCCCAGAUACAGACAUGGAGUACCAUUCACUCUAGCUAGAUUCUCUUUGAAGACCAGAGGAUGCAAAGCUACUUUAGUGCCAUACCCAUGCUGGCCUCUUCAAGAAGAAGGUAACUGUGAAGCUUUCCAGAACGUUGUUGAUUUGUACAAUGAUGGCGCUGAAAUCUUAUGGAUUUUGGAUAUUGGUUUGGUUAACACUUUGGAACAACCCGUACGUAGAUGCUCUCCCAAAAUUGUAGGAAUUAGCUUGAAAACUAACCAAGUAGUGAAAGUUGUAAGCUUGGAACCAUUCAUCACACCAGAAAGUAGACUCCAAUACAUCAUCGUAGAUUACACCAAAGAAGGAAAUCCUUUUGCAUACAUUGCUGAUGGAGGUUCAGGAGCUAUCAUCGUUAUUUGCUUGAAGAUGGACACUGGAUUCCGUGUAGUACUUCCAAGAGCCGUAGCUUUAGGAUGUCCCGAUGAUGUUAAAGAUGUUUUGUACAUUGCUUUGGCAAGAAAACCAUGCGGAAACGUACUAUACUUCACCUACCUUUCCUCUCCAAGAUUGUUCUCCAUCAAGACCCAAUUCUUGCAGAAAGCACAAGCCAGCGGUGCAGUCAUAGAUGUUGGAUCUAAACCACCAUUCGGAAAAAUCGUUCUACUCGGAACUGACAAUGGAGCAGCUAUCUUCUUCAGGUACAAAGGUGAAUCUGACAUAUUCAUCUGGAACAGUGAGACUGCUUUCAAACCAGAAAACUUCUUGUUGGUCCAAAAGGGUGAUGACUGCAGAUUGGCCACUCAAGUUGUUGCUGGUUAUAAGAAACUCAUGUGGGCCAUUGAAAGUAACUUCCACGAUUAUAUUCUUGAAACUGCUGGAAGUCUGGGACCAUCCAUGGCUGUACAUCCUCUUAUCAAGACCUGCGAUUAG